AUGGACCGAAGUAGCUCAAGCUUCACGCGACGAUCGAACAAUGUGUUGGUAUCACCACGUCUAAAGCUUAUAGUCUUUCCUAAGCGCAAAGGCGUUCGAUAUCAUCGUGACGGUCAAGUCCGGAGCUGUCGCUUUUGUGAAAUUGCACGGACAAAGUCGGAGCCGUUUUUAUACCAAGAUGAUCACGUGGUUGUCUUUCGUCCACUACGUCCGGUUGUUGCCAGUCAUGUACUUAUUGUACCUCGUGCUCAUAUUCGGAAUGUGAAUCUACUGGCUGCAAAACAUCGGGGAUUACUUGCACGGAUGCACCGUGUAGCUGAAGCAAUGAUGACCCAAGAGUUUGAGAUGGAAGACAUUGGAGAGCAGCCACAGGAACUUGAACAUCGUCGUGAUGGUGAUACAGAUGAGAAGCGUGUUCGCUACUCGUUCCAUUUGCCGCCAUUUAAUAGCAUUGACCACGUGCAUAUGCAUGCAUUCCACGAUGACAUGCGCAGUUUAACGUGGUACGGACGUCUCAAGUAUCGCACUGAAUCGUGGUGGUGUCGCUCGUAUGAGCAGGUUAUGGCAAGACUGGACGAGAUAGCAGGUGGAACACUGGAAGAGUCUAUAGGCAUUUAUUUAUUUGCAAUGUAA